ACCCGAAGGCCCGUCUUGAGGGCUAAUGGCGGACGCCGGCGCGUUAGCCCUCGCUGUGGUUUAGGCCUUUGAAGGACUUCAGCAUCCAUCGGAUACCGACGCCAUCCUUCUUCCAGCAGGCUAGGAAAGCGGCCUGGCAACUUCUCUGUCGCAGAAGAAGCGGGAAGCGUCACGCGAGAGAGCUGCUCGGCGCUCUGGCGGGCGUCGCAGAGGCCGUUUUAGGCCAGAGAGAUUCGCCUACUUUGACUUGAUACUGUUGGUAUAGCCAAGACUCAAGUACCGAGCGUCUCAGUUUUGCUUGUCACCAUGUUUCUGUACAACUUGACCUUACAGCGGGCCACUGGCAUCAGUUUUGCCAUCCAUGGCAACUUCUCUGGAACCAAACAACAGGAAAUUGUUGUUUCUCGUGGGAAGAUUUUGGAGUUACUUCGCCCAGACCCUAAUACCGGGAAAGUACAUACCCUCCUCACUGUGGAAGUAUUUGGUGUUAUUCGGUCACUUAUGGCCUUUAGGCUAACAGGUGGCACUAAAGACUACAUUGUAGUUGGUAGUGACUCGGGUCGAAUUGUUAUCUUGGAAUACCAGCCAUCUAAGAAUAUGUUUGAGAAAAUUCACCAAGAAACUUUUGGCAAAAGUGGAUGUCGCCGUAUUGUUCCUGGCCAGUUCUUAGCUGUGGAUCCCAAAGGGAGAGCUGUUAUGAUUAGUGCAAUUGAGAAGCAAAAAUUGGUAUAUAUCUUGAACAGAGAUGCUGCAGCUCGACUUACCAUUUCAUCUCCCCUGGAGGCCCACAAAGCGAACACUCUAGUAUAUCAUGUGGUUGGAGUAGAUGUGGGUUUUGAAAAUCCUAUGUUUGCUUGUUUGGAAAUGGAUUAUGAGGAAGCAGACAAUGAUCCAACAGGAGAAGCAGCAGCUAACACUCAGCAGACACUCACUUUUUAUGAAUUAGACCUUGGUUUAAAUCAUGUGGUUCGAAAAUACAGUGAACCCUUGGAGGAACAUGGCAACUUCCUUAUUACAGUUCCUGGAGGGUCAGAUGGUCCAAGUGGGGUGCUGAUCUGUUCUGAAAAUUAUAUCACCUAUAAGAACUUUGGUGACCAACCAGAUAUCCGAUGUCCAAUUCCUAGGAGACGGAAUGACCUGGAUGACCCUGAAAGAGGAAUGAUUUUUGUGUGCUCUGCUACCCAUAAGACCAAGUCCAUGUUCUUCUUUUUGGCCCAAACGGAGCAGGGAGAUAUCUUUAAGAUUACUUUGGAGACAGAUGAAGAUAUGGUAACUGAGAUCCGCCUGAAGUAUUUUGAUACUGUGCCUGUUGCUGCUGCUAUGUGUGUGCUUAAAACAGGCUUUCUUUUUGUGGCAUCAGAAUUUGGAAAUCAUUAUUUAUAUCAAAUUGCCCAUCUUGGAGAUGAUGAUGAAGAACCUGAAUUUUCAUCUGCCAUGCCACUAGAAGAAGGAGACACAUUCUUCUUUCAGCCAAGACCACUCAAAAACCUUGUGCUGGUUGAUGAAUUGGACAGCCUCUCUCCCAUUCUGUUUUGCCAGAUAGCUGAUCUGGCCAAUGAAGACACUCCUCAGCUGUAUGUGGCCUGUGGUAGGGGACCCCGGUCAUCUCUGAGAGUCUUAAGGCAUGGACUUGAGGUGUCGGAAAUGGCUGUUUCUGAGCUCCCUGGUAACCCCAAUGCUGUCUGGACAGUACGUCGGCACAUUGAAGAUGAGUUUGAUGCCUAUAUCAUUGUAUCUUUCGUAAAUGCCACGCUUGUGCUAUCUAUCGGGGAGACUGUGGAAGAAGUGACUGACUCUGGGUUCUUGGGAACCACUCCAACCUUGUCUUGCUCCUUAUUAGGAGACGAUGCAUUGGUCCAGGUGUAUCCAGAUGGCAUUCGACACAUAAGAGCAGAUAAGAGAGUCAAUGAGUGGAAGACCCCUGGCAAGAAAACAAUCGUGAAGUGUGCAGUGAACCAGCGGCAAGUGGUGAUCGCCCUGACUGGAGGAGAACUUGUCUAUUUCGAGAUGGAUCCUUCAGGACAAUUGAACGAGUACACAGAACGGAAGGAGAUGUCAGCAGAUGUGGUGUGCAUGAGUCUGGCCAACGUACCUCCAGGAGAACAGCGAUCUCGAUUCCUGGCUGUGGGAUUGGUGGACAACACUGUCAGAAUCAUAUCCCUUGACCCAUCAGACUGUUUAAAUGGUGUGCUGCUGAGAACUGUCCUAGACCCAGUCACUGGGGACUUGUCUGACACUCGAACUAGGUACCUGGGGUCCCGUCCUGUGAAACUCUUCCGAGUCCGAAUGCAAGGACAGGAGGCUGUUUUGGCCAUGUCUAGCCGCUCAUGGCUGAGCUACUCCUACCAGUCCCGUUUCCAUCUCACCCCUCUCUCUUACGAGACUCUGGAGUUUGCAUCUGGCUUCGCCUCUGAGCAGUGUCCUGAAGGCAUUGUUGCCAUUUCCACCAACACUUUGAGGAUUUUGGCAUUGGAGAAACUUGGUGCUGUCUUCAAUCAAGUAGCCUUUCCACUGCAGUACACACCCAGGAAAUUUGUCAUUCACCCUGAGAGUAACAACCUUAUCAUCAUUGAGACAGAUCACAAUGCCUACACUGAGGCUACAAAAGCUCAGAGAAAGCAGCAGAUGGCAGAGGAAAUGGUGGAAGCAGCAGGAGAGGAUGAGCGGGAGCUGGCUGCAGAAAUGGCAGCAGCAUUCCUCAAUGAAAACCUCCCUGAAUCUAUUUUUGGAGCUCCCAAGGCUGGCAAUGGGCAGUGGGCCUCUGUGAUUCGUGUGAUGAACCCUAUCCAGGGGAAUACGCUAGACCUUGUCCAGCUGGAACAGAAUGAGGCAGCCUUCAGUGUGGCAGUGUGUAGAUUCUCCAACACUGGUGAAGACUGGUAUGUGCUAGUGGGUGUGGCCAAGGAUUUGAUAUUGAGCCCUCGCUCUGUGGCAGGGGGCUUUGUCUAUACAUACAAGCUUGUGAACAAUGGAGAAAAGUUGGAGUUUUUACACAAGACUCCAGUGGAAGAAGUUCCUGCUGCCAUUGCCCCAUUCCAGGGCAGGGUGUUGAUUGGUGUGGGGAAGCUUUUACGAGUCUAUGAUCUGGGGAAAAAGAAGUUACUUCGAAAGUGUGAAAAUAAGCAUAUUGCCAAUUAUAUAUCUGGGAUCCAGACUAUUGGGCACAGGGUAAUUGUGUCUGAUGUUCAAGAAAGUUUCAUCUGGGUUCGCUACAAACGUAACGAGAACCAGCUCAUUAUCUUUGCUGAUGACACCUACCCCAGAUGGGUCACUACCGCCAGCCUUCUAGACUAUGACACGGUGGCUGGGGCAGACAAGUUUGGCAACAUUUGUGUGGUGAGGCUUCCACCUAACACCAACGAUGAGGUUGAUGAAGAUCCCACCGGAAACAAAGCCCUGUGGGACCGGGGCUUGCUCAAUGGGGCUUCACAGAAGGCAGAGGUCAUCAUGAACUAUCAUGUCGGUGAGACGGUGCUGUCAUUGCAGAAGACCACACUGAUUCCUGGAGGCUCAGAAUCGCUGGUCUAUACCACAUUGUCUGGAGGGAUUGGCAUCCUUGUCCCUUUCACAUCUCAUGAGGACCACGACUUCUUCCAGCAUGUUGAGAUGCACCUGCGAUCUGAGCAUCCCCCUCUUUGUGGACGGGAUCACCUCAGCUUUCGUUCUUAUUAUUUCCCUGUUAAGAAUGUGAUUGAUGGAGAUCUUUGUGAGCAGUUCAACUCCAUGGAGCCCAACAAGCAGAAGAAUGUCUCUGAAGAGCUGGACCGAACCCCACCUGAAGUGUCCAAGAAGCUUGAGGAUAUUCGGACCCGUUAUGCUUUCUGAGCCCGUCUUCAUCUGGGGGCUUGUCAGAUCGCCCCUCUUUGUUCCCAUCACUAUUGUCUGGCUUCUGCCGCAUGGCAGGAGAACAGUGAUGUGAUAAUUAAGACUGUAAUGUUAAAGCCAAUAGCUCUGCACCCUCAGCUCCUCCUUUGGAACAACUGGUUCUCCUUAAAGUUGGCACUGAGGUCCGCUCCUUGACAUAAUGUGCUUCAGGGUGGAACACAGUAUUCCUUAUUCCCAAAGCCAUCCCUAAAUUCUGGCUCUUGUCUACUUUUGUACACACUCUUAAUUUUCAUUGUUUUCCUGUAAAUACAGUUUUAUACAAUGUUGCUUUGUGAGAUGGAGGGAGGCAAGCAAGGGUGCAGCCAUGCUGGUUGCAAUGUGGCUUAGUUCUGCCCUCUGAACCCUCCCGGAUAUAUAAAACUUAAUUUUUAAGGUG